UUGGGACAGAGCCGUGGAGAAUUUUGGGGGAGACUAGUGGGAACAAGAUGGCUGAUGUGGGACGAGAAGAGCGUUUCACCUCUUUUUGACAAAAUAACGGAGGACUUGGGCAUCCGAAAAGUCUGUGGAGUUUAUUAUUUAUGCACUAGGCGUGUAGUUAAGUGUUUUGUUUUUUUUGUAAUUAGUAUUUUUCCUCAUAAAAUCGUUAACGCUACCUUCAUACCAGAGUGAAGUGGUUUUCUGGACAAAGUUUUUCCCUUCUUUUCGGAUUUCUGUUUAACCAGUAAAGAGUGAUAUUUUGUAAUAUUUUGUAGUAUUUUUGAGUGAUAUUAACAAGGCUUAGUUUUGUGGCUGGAAACUUUAUAACAUACUUUGUUACUUUGCGGACGCACAAAAUUGUUUUGCUUGUUACUUUAGUGUUGUUGUUUUUUUUUUUUUGCAAACGUUUGAUAUAGUUUUCACCUGACACAAGUUAUUGUUGUUCUGAAUGUCACACCGAUAAAAUAAACAUAAAACGUAACUCGGAAAAAAGAGAGAGAGAGAGAGAGAGAGAGAGGGGGGCUCUAGACAAAUGAGCUCUAGUCGAACCCGUUGUCAAGCAGCCAGAGCUCCGAGCUCUGCGCAUGCGCACAAAUCGCCGCCGGCCGAAGGGCUUGAGAUGGAGAGGAUGGAGCCGCAGGGAGAAGUGGGGCUCGGGGUCCCGGAAGAUCAGCCUUCUCCAUCAUCUAACUCCAGCUCCAGACAGGCGUGGAGCCGGGACAACCCCGGGUUCGAGCCUGAAGAUGGCCUGGAUGCAAACUGGAGCCCGGGACGGAGAUCCUUAUCCGACACUUCAAGCAGUGGCAGCAGCGGACUGGGGAGUUUCCCCGGCGGGAGCAACGCCCGCAUCCACCGGGGACUUUACCCGACUCCUUCUGCUGAUGGACUUCAUCAUGAGCCGCCGAGCUGGGGAGUGAGGAUCCUGGAAAAAAUCAGACUUCUGUGGGGCACACGUCUCCUGGAGGAGAGGGACAGCAGCAGAGAGAUGUACCUGAAGAAUGUUCUCAGAGAGAUGAUCACCUAUGUGCUUUUCCUCAUCACCUUAUGCAUUUUAACAUACGGGAUGGUGAGCACUAACAUGUACUACUACACCAAAGUAAUGUCUCAGCUCUUCCUGGACACACCACUGUCAAGCGGCGAGACCACCACCUUCAGGAGCCUCUCCACCAUGGAGGACUUCUGGAAGUACACAGAGGGACCGUUCCUAAACGGGAUGUACUGGGAAGUGUGGUACAAUAACAAGAGCCUGCCGGAGAACCAGAGCCUCAUCUAUUACGAGAACCUGCUGUUGGGUGUGCCGCGUCUGCGCCAGGUCAAAGUUCUCAACGAGUCGUGUCCUGUUCACGAGGAGCUGAAGGACGAAGUGUACGACUGCUACGGAGUCUACGCAGCAGCCUUCGAGGACAAGAAAUCGUUUGGACUGAAAAACAGCACUGCGUGGGUGUACUCUGAAGAAAUCAGCCUCGGGGAAAGCAGCUACUCAGGUGAAGUGGCCACAUAUAGAGGAGGAGGUUUCUAUCAGGAUCUGUCUCGCACCAGAGAUGAGUCUGAGAGACAGCUGCAGGAGCUGAAGGCCAACCUGUGGCUGGAUCGAGGCACCAGAGCCGUGUUCCUCGACUUCUCUGUCUACAACGGCAACAUCAACCUCUUCUGCAUCAUCAGAUUGCUGGUGGAGUUUCCAGCCACAGGGGGCGCUGUGACAUCGUGGCAGUUCCAGACUGUGCGAUUGGUGCGCUAUGUGUCCAGCUGGGACCACUUUGUGGGGCUGUGUGAGGUCAUCUUCUGCUUCUUCGUGCUGUAUUACUUGGUGGAGGAGGUGCUGGAGAUCCGCUUGCAUCGCCUGCGCUACUUCAAAAGCUUGUGGAACUGCCUGGAUGUGCUCAUAGUAAUGCUGAGCGUGCCUGCCAUCAUCAUGAACAUCUACAGAACCUCAGUGGUCAACAGCAGGCUGAAGUUCCUGCUGGAAAACCACAACACGUACCCGAACUUCGGUCCUCUCGCUCGGCUACAGGUCCAGUUCAACAACCUGGCCGCCAUCAUCGUCUUCCUCGCCUGGGUCAAACUAUUUAAGUUCGUCAAUUUUAAUAAGACUAUGAGCCAGCUGUCCAGCACAGUGUCCCGGUGUGCUAAAGACCUGCUGGGAUUCGCCAUCAUGUUCUUCAUCGUGUUUCUAGCAUACGCACAGCUGGCAUACCUGGUGUUCGGGACACAACUCAACGACUUCAGUACCUUCCAAGCCUGCAUUUUCACACAGUUCCGGAUCAUUCUAGGAGACUUUGACUUCUCAGAGAUCGAGGAGGCCGACAAAGUCCUGGGACCGAUUUACUUCACCACCUUCGUUUUCUUCAUGUUCAUGAUUCUAUUGAACAUGUUCUUAGCCAUCAUCAAUGACACUUACUCAGAGGUGAAGGCUGACAUGGCACAGGAGAGAUCUGAAAUGGAGAUUACAGACCUUAUUAAAAAGGGCUACCACAAGGCCAUGGUGAAACUGAGGCUGAGGAAGACGGCAGUGGAUGACAUCUCUGAUAGCCUUCGUCAGGCAGGAGGGAAACUCAACUUCGACGAGCUCCGGCAGGACCUACGAGGAAAGGGUCAUUCGGACGCCGAGAUUGAAGCCAUUUUUGCCAAAUACGAUCUGGAUGGAGACCAGGAGCUCACCGAGCACGAACACCAGCAGAUGAGGGAUGACCUGGAGAAAGAGAGAGAGGACUUGGAUUUGGAACGCAGUUCGCUGCCCAGGCCUCUGAGUGGGCGGAGCUUCUCCCGUGGCCAGGAUGACUCGGAGGAGGAUGACGAUGAGGACAGUGGACACAGUUCCCGUCGCCGUGGCAGCAGCUCUGGGGGUGUGUCCUACGAGGAGUUCCAAGUCGUGGUGCGGAGGGUGGACCGUAUGGAACACUCGAUUGGCAGUAUCGUGUCCAAGAUUGAUGCGGUCAUUGUGAAGCUGGAGGCCAUGGAACGAGCCAAGCUGAAGAGGAGGGAGGUCCUUAGCAGACUGCUGGAUGGUAUCAUGGAGGAUGAAAGGAUGGGCAAAGAUACAGAGGUUCACAGGGAGCAGAUGGAGCGGCUGGUGCGAGAGGAGCUCGAGCGCUGGGAAUCGGAUGACGCCAUCUCUCAGGUCAGCCAUCAGCAGGCUACUCCUGUCGGUGCUAGUGCUCAGCCCCGCCCACGCAGCACCCGUCCCUCCUCCUCACUGUCCACUGAGGGUCCAGACACCGGAAGCAAUGGAGCUGGACAUGUUUAAGACCUCUUCUACCGUCCUGUGGCUUUAUUAAGUAUUCCAGCAUUAAAUGAUCACCUUAUGUCAGUAUUUUUUAAAGCAGUUUCAUUCACAGUGCACUAUCUAUAUAAUGGUACAUCAGUUAUUAAGCAGGAGUGUAUUCUGAUCAUUAAUUAAGGUACACUGGCACAAAUGUAAAUCAGCUUAAUCCAGGUACUAAGCAGAAUAGGUCUAGGUUUAUGCAUAAGAUAUGUGUAUAUUUAAAUAAGUAAUUUACUUCGUAUUUUAACAAGGUCAUUGUUAAAUUGAAGGCCUCAAAUGAAAUGAUUUAAUACGUUUUCAGAUAAAAAACAAAUUUGUCUGUACAGCCACAGAGAGAAUGAAAAUUGAUAUCAUACUGUUGCUUCUUUCUAAAACAGAAAAUUACCAGCACUCAAUAUUAUCACUUAACCAUAAACUUUAAUGUUUGGGAUUUUACCUAUAAAUCUUUCUAUGUUGCUAGUUUGAAAGUACAUUCCUUCUUUUGACCAAUAAUCCAGGUGAAAACAUGCCAUCUUAACUCAUCUUCAUAUAUUUUUUUAUGCAACUCUUUCAUGCAUGAUGACCAUAUACACGGACAGUUCAAUAACCUUUAAAAUAAAAUUGAUUUUUAGGUAAAAAUGAAUAGGAGUAAUCAGAAUAAAAGAUUUUGGACAGUAUUUAUAAUUGUUUAUGAAUAAAAACGACACAGAAUUAGACUAAAUGGCUCACUAAUAACAAGAUAUCCUCACUACAUCGGGUUUAAAACACUGUAGUGCACAAAAAGCUCAUUGGAACAAAGCCUGUUGGAAACUAUUUAAAUGUAAUAUUUAUUUUUAUAUAUACAUCGGCGAAUUAUAAAAAUAAAUCAAAAAUACAUAUCAUAAAUGGAAUACGUUUAUUCCAAAUGCUUUCCUCACGCAAAGUUAAUUUAUCCAAAACAUUUAGGAAAUACAUGAUGAUCAUCAUACACAAUAUAUAUUGGAUUUUUUUCAAACAGCUAAAAACAAGAUGAAGGAUAUUAUAAGCGCACGUUUAUCAUUUCUCUAUUUAGCUACUAAUUUAAGUGAAGGUAUCAUACAAAGUCCAGUCAUUUUUAUUAUUAUUUUUAGGGACUCACACAAAGUAUUUUGUAUUUGUAAUUGAAGCACAAGCAUUUUCUCAGUCCGUAAUUUGGUUAUUAAAACAGAUUUUAGUCACAGGUUUGUAGUUGCUUUAAGUUGAUAUAGUUGCACGAGCGUCCUGCUUUCUCAUGUAAACCUAUACCAUGUGAUGUAUUUCCUUAUUCACGUCACUUUUUAUUUUUUUUUUAUACCGAUUGUAACUUUAAAACAAACUUCGAUUCGGAGUGCAUCUGCUUUCAUGGGAAGCUUAUUGUGUGCUUGUUGGACUCGUAUAGCUGAAGUUGCAAAGCUUUUCGCUGAUAUUAGUUUUGCCUCACCAGAAACUCAGCACAGAAGUUGUAUUUUUCUUGACAUGGGCUGAGAUGAUAUUAUGUCAGUAUCUAGAUGACAAUACUCUAGUUUUGGUACUGUAGCAUCAGUACUUUUAUAAUACUGCACUCCUAUUUUACUAUUUUGGUACCAAUUUCUUUAUUUUUUACCAAGAUAUUGUGUGUGCCAAUACUUUUGACACACCAUUUCUCCACACUUUUAUAUAUAUAUAUAUUUUUUGUAUUUUAUAUUCAUUUAUUAAGGCUGAUAUUCAGUAUGAUUCAGUUAUGACGCUAUGUUUUUCUAUUUGUCAACGUAUGUAGGUAUAACGUGAGCUCAUUCCAGUGAGAGCAGAACUUCUAUCAGCAAACAGCUCUGGAGAUUUGGCUCUGUAUUUCUGAAUGUUUUAAUCAGUAUUACUGUUUUUAACAUCUGCAUUGUUUGAGAAUAAAAUAUUUGCACAUUUUCACA